AUGAAGCGUGAUCAGUCUCGAAUUUCAUUCAUUCGCAAGGACAUCGGCCAAAUGUUGGCUGUCCAAAAGCUGUUCUCAUAUGAAAACUUCGUUCAUGCUCUCUCAGGUGCUACUGGAAGCUCCAUUGCUUUAAGUGCUUUUUUUCCUUUUGAAACUGCACGGACAAGAAAACAGCUCAAUGAUGAUGAAAAAUUCAAAACUACUUUUGAAAUGUUAAAAGAAAUUCUGCAGAAAGAGGGACUUUCUGGCUGGUAUCAAGGCCUGCUGCCAAUGAUCUCAUCCCUCUGGUGUUCCAACUUUAUUUAUUUUUAUGCCUUCAAUGGAUUGAAGAAUCUCUUUGACUCAGGGACAGGGAAGCCAAGUGUUGUAAUGGAUCUCAGUUUUGCCUUCAUUGCAGGGAUGAUCAAUGUAUUGCUGACCUCUCCGCUCUGGGUAGCCAACACAAGAAUAAAAGUAGGAGGGGUGAAGAUAAAGAGAUUGGGUGAGUCACAAACCCAAUACGUUGAGUCGUAUUCCGGUAUCUGGGAUGCUUUACACAAAAUCACCAAAACUGAAGGCUUACAUGCUUUAUGGGAUGGGACGGGGCCUUCUCUCAUGCUUUCCACUAACCCAGCCAUUCAGUUUGCCAUCUAUGAACUUUUGAAGAGGUAUUUGCAAAUUAUUUGUAAAACAAAGAAACUCAGUGGUUACCUGUAUUUUAUGAUUGGAGCUUUGGCAAAAAUGUUCGCUACCAUCACUACUUACCCACUUCAAAUCAUUCAGUCUCGACUUAGGGUUGGCCUAGGGAAAGGCAAAUCUGCUGGUGCCAUCUUUCGAACAUUCCUACAAACAAUCAUUGCAACUAUAGAAUGCAGCUUCUUUUACAUAGAUUGUACAUUGUUUUUUAUCUAUCUAUCUAUCUAUCUAUCUAUCUAUCUAUCUAUCUAUCUAUCUAUCUAUCUAUCUAUCUAUCUAUCACAGUUUUUAUCUAUCUAUCUAUCUAUCUAUCUAUCUAUCUAUCUAUCUAUCUAUCAUUUUUAUCUAUCAUCUAUCUAUUUUAUCUAUCUAUCUAUCUAUCAUCACAGUUUUUUAUCUAUCUAUCUAUCUAUCUAUCUAUCUAUCUAUCUAUCAUCUAUCUUUUUAAUUUUUAAUUAUCUAUCUAUCUAUCUAUCUAUCUAUCUAUCUAUCUAUCACAGUUUUUUAAUUAUCUAUCUAUCUAUCUAUCUAUCUAUCUAUCUAUCUAUCUAUCUAUCUAUCUAUCUAUCACAGUUUUUUAAUUAUCUAUCUAUCUAUCUAUCUAUCUAUCUAUCUAUCUAUCUAUCUCAGUCUUUUAUGAUCUAUCUCUCUCUCUCUUUUUCAGGAUGCAAGGUAUUUCUUCUGCUUUUUGUGGACUAG